AUAAAGUGGCGAGGAACUUUCUAGUUGGUUGGCACUUGGGAUGUAUGAUAUGAACUAUGAUAAAACUCCUUUUGUGAUGGUUUUUUUGGAGGAUUGAUGUGAAAUUUAAGGUUCACGCUAGCUCAUAUCUCUUCAUUCGUAGUUACAUCGAUGGAGUGAACAAAGUAUCAUUAACAACCCCAACCCUAGGCCGAGGGCAUUAGGAAAAAUAGGAGGCUUAAAGACCUGCUAUUAAAACACCUAUUAGUAUUAUGGGUUGAUGGGUUUAUAUGGAUCUCUCCAAGAAACAGAAAAAAUAUUUUAUUGUUACCGAAUUAAUGAUCUUGCAUCGAUAAAUUGUUUUUUUGUAUGUCUGAGCAACGAUAGAAGGUAAAUAAUGCAUAGUCCACAUAAAUCUAUGUAUUAGGUAUUUUUUCAAUGAACUUUUUUUGAAACAAUGGUAUAAUAAAUAAUAUGAGGCUAUUAGUUUUUCCAUUGCCUCUUCUUUUUCAUUGGUUGUUGACCCCAAGAUUCGAACCUAGAGUAUGGUGGAUGUUCUCAUCUUCAUAUUAUCUUUUUUUUUUUGCAACAAUUCUAGUUUUAUUUGGAGAAACUGUAAAAAUAAAGAUUAUAAUAUUUUAUUUCUAACGCAUAAACAUUAUACGGUAAUGGCUGGUAUACACCAAGUGAUCUUGCCCUUAGAUGCACUUCAAUGAGCUCCGACGAAUCUCAAUGGUCAAUUGUUAUUUUCUAUUAAAUUGAACUUCAGGUUUGGGUUUAGAGAAUCGGAGCCUGGGGUUAAUCCAUUAGAGUUUAGGGUAUAGUAUCAUACCCCAAACUCGGUUUAAUUCAUGGUCUAGAUAAUGAUAUCUCACAAAGAGUACCUGGAGCAUAUUAUACUCAAGGAGUACACCAGUCAGACCCAACAUUAUACAUAGUUAGCAACCGGAUCAAUUUUUGAUAAUCCAGAAUUCAAAAGCUAAAUAAUCAUUCUUCUAAUUAUUAAUCAAUCAGUCUUUUAGCAUGGUAUUAGAGCUCUUCUAAGCCUCUGCUCACUUUCUUGCUCUUGUCUCUCGUUUUACUUCCUCUUCUCCAAUUUUUCUUCGUCCUCCUAUGGAGGUACACUCUUCUUCUCCUUCUGGGGAUGAAGCCAUAAAUCCUCACACUAGAGGUCAUUCGUUCUCCAAUGGUGCAAUUCUUUACCACCACGUUUCAAUUUCGAAUCACGUGAGUCCAUUCUUCAUACAUCCUUCUGGGAAUUGGGGCAAUGUCUUGUUUAUCAACCCCGGAAUGAAGGAGAUUUCUCCAAUUGGGAGCGCUCCAUAGUGAUCGUCAUGGAUGGAAAGAACAAACUCGAUUUCUUAAAUGGGAAAAUUAUCAAUCAUAAGAUGAUUCUCCUCUGUUUGAGUCUUAGAGCCUGUUUACCCAUAAAAAGAGGGUUGUUAUUUCCCGUCCUAGACUUUACUAUAUCUCGCCCAUAAAACUUGUGGAAAAGUUGAUUUGGCCCUUUUUUCUAACAAAUUAUUUAGAAAACAAAAUCCCAAUUAAAGCAACGACAACAAAAUUUGCAGAAAAGUGCCAGUACAAAAAAAUGGCAUGUAUAAAAGUGGAAAAAAAAUUUGGCAAAAAAUAAUUAAUACAAAAAAAUGACUUUCCGGUAGAAAAAUCAAUUUACCAGCAACGGGUGGAAUUGUCCGACGGUGGGUGGGCCUCUAAAACGACGUCACACAGCGUCCGAACUUCGACGUCGGGCCACGUCCGAUCUCCAACGUCAGACCGCGUGCGAUCUCCAACGUCGGACCGCGUCCGCACCCCAAAGUUGGAUAGCGCAUCUCCGCUGGACGAUGGGGAUGCGAUGACACCGAAAAUCACCUCGCAGAAGAAAAGGUAAGGUUAAUCAUUGCAGGGAUGUCGAGAGAUUUGGGGGCUAAGAUCAGGUGACUAAGGGGGAGUGCCUUAGUCACAUGACUAAGUAAAUCUCAGCCCUUCUACCUCAUUAAAAUCCAAUGGCUGAGAUUAAUCCAAUUUAAUGAAGGACAAUGUAGUAAUUAAACAAGUUAUUUAUUUAAUAAUUAAAAUAAAACUAAAAAUAUGUUGGGCCCACGGGCGGAGCUGUCCCGGGUCGGUUAAUUCUUGGCGGCAGAAAGCAAGCCGAUUUCUGCCCCGGCGGUGGUUUGGGGAAUUUUGAUGACGGGCGGAAUUCUCCCCGGUAGUGGUUGGGGGAGAAUUUUUUUGGGGAUUGCUAAUUGUCGCCCUAACUUUUAUUAAUCGCCCUAACUUAAAAGAUUGGAAUUCCCACUUUACCCUUAUUACUUUUUUAUUGUUAAUAUAUAUUUUAUUCUAAUAAACACCAUCAAUCCAUCUAUAAAAAAAAUAAACAUAACCAAUCCAAAGACGACACUUAUACAUGAUUGCAAUUUGCAACCAACUUGUUAUCUUAAAUUCUAGGGUUUCAAACAUUUCAAAUGAGUUUUGGGGGUUUGAUACUUUGAUUACAGAAUUUUCUUUUUGGUACAAAAUUUCCGACUACAGAGAACGAAGAAAAAUCAUGCAGUGGCUGUAGAGUAGGGAGACUUGGCCGGCGAAAUUUAGAGCCAGAUUAGAGGUCGUUUUCCGGCGAUUUCAAUUAUGAGAUAUACCACUAUAUAUCAAAGAUUGAUAUUUUAUUCUAAUGGAUCAUGUCAUGUUGCCGUCCUCACUUCGUCACUGCGGCUGGGGGAGGGAAAAGAGACGAUGUAUGUUGGAGAGAAAGGAUAGACGAGUCGGUUGAUUCUAGAGCGCUACAGCGGGGGCCAUUGAUUAGAUGACACAUGCAGCGGGUAGAAGGAACGACAGCGAAAGGGUGUUGUAAGCGCAGGAGUUCGGUUGCGGUUGGUUGGAUGCUACCCGCCGGUGAAUGAAGAAUGUGCAAAUGCUCGGUGGUGGAGGACUGUUUGGCGGCUGCGAUGCAAAGGAGGGUUAUGAAUUUUAGUCGGUGUUUGCAUUAUUGAAUUGGGUUAAUACCCUCGUUUGGCACGAAGUAUAGCGUUAGUGACAUUUCUGGCCCCAGUUUUCAAAUAAGACAUCUCUGGCCCACUUUUCAAAUUAUCGGACAAAUUUGGCCUGUGGGACGGGUUGAAUGUCAGAUUUGACGGUCAACCAUUUUCUCCGUUGCUGACUCAGCAUUCGACUAUGACGUGGCUUGUCCACGUCAUUUACUAAUUUUUCUUUAAGAAAAACAUAAAAAACAU